AUGGAUAUUGAUCAGUUGUCUAAUCGUCAUCGGUCACAUCUUGUUCUCCUAUGCUAUGUUACUUUAUGUAUAUUUCUAUUAGUUGCCAUAUUUUUUAUCGCAACAAAAGUGUUACAUCGUCGUCGUGCACUAAUACAUGACGUUUACGACAAGCAUACAGCGUUCAAUAUUUUAGAGUUUCGACAAAGUUUAGUUCAUUGUGGUCGACAUGUGAUUAAACAAAAUAGUUUUUAUCCGAAAGUGGUUCAUAGAUUAUUGAAGAGUCUGAAUAAUAAUAACAAUAAUAAUACACGAUUAAUACCACAAAUUCCUGAAUACUUUUAUGAUCAGCAACCGUUAGAAGUGAUUAUUAUUCAUUUGAAACGUGUCGUUCAACAAUGUUUACCUGCUUAUGAAUAUUCCCUACAAGAACAGGAAAAACCAACCAGUAUACGACAAUUCAUAAAUAAAAUGAGAAAAGAGUUUUUGUACAUGGCUAGAUAUUUUACCAAAGGAAUUUAG